AUGUAUAGCGACCAGGGCCCCAGCACCUCGCCGGAAGAAUUGCCUACCAUAGACAAAGGCAUCUGUCCAGAUUGCCGUUUCCCAAGGACUAACUUCGCAUGGUGUCAAUACUGUGAAAGUCAAUAUUUUGAAGAAAAUUCUUCAUGGGAUAGCGGAAGUAUUCAGUUGAACCGUCUGAUUAAAGAGACGCAGCUGGGUGCGAGGCAAUGCGGCGAUUAUUUGCUAUUCAUUGAAUUCUUGGAUUUUUCUUUGAUCCAAGAAGAAGCCAGGGGAGGCUUCAGUACCGUUUAUUCUGCUAUCUGGCUUGAAGGUCCUAGAGAACUUUGGGAUGAAGGAAGCCAAGAAUGGCUUCGUAACGGUCCAAUGAAGGUUGCUCUGAAAAGAUUGGACAACUCGCAGAAACUCACUGAUUAUUUCAUCCAGCAAGUCAAACUUCAUUACAAAGCUCUUCAAAGUCACAGUGUUGCUGACACAAUUGGCUUUACCAGAGAUCCCACUGGUGCUUAUAUGGUUGUCAUGCGUUAUUACCAGAACGGUGAUUUGCAUAAAUACUUAGAAGCCAUCAAAGGUGACUUGAACUGGAAGGAAAAGAUUGAUAUGUUGUGGGGAAUAGCAGGAGGAUUGGAUGAUGUGCACAAGCGCAAUCUGGUACAUAAGGAUUUGCAUGGAGGAAACCUGUUGGUAGAAGAUGAGUCUAUUUCAACAGAUGCACGAAUUGCAGAUCUUGGUCUUUGUGGACCAGUUGACAAGAUAGCUGAUGACCAUAUAUAUGGUGUUCUUCCAUAUAUUGCACCAGAAGGCAUGCCUGCUGUCUAUGAAACACUCAUGAAAAGAUGUUGGAAUGCUGACCUAGAAGUAAGACCAUCUGCUGCUGAGUUGAAUGAAAUUUUGGGGCAGUGGAUUUGUGAUCUAUGUGAUAAUCCCUCACCAAAUGAAAUCUCUAGCCAAUUUACUAAAGCAGAAGAUGAUUUAACUGAUGCAUGGAGUGCUGAUGCAUAUCCCCUAAAUCAAUAUCAACGUGCGUACUAUUAUAGUCGGAUUUUGCCAUUCAGUCCAUCUGAUGUGAGCAAAAACUGGAAUUAUGCAAAGCUGAAUGAGACAGGCAUCUCAAAAGAUAUGGUUGUAAUGGAUGGAAUGUCUCAUAUUAAUGACAAACAUGCAUCUCAAAGGGGAGAGUGA